AUGCAAUCAAAUACUUCACCAGAAACAUCCCAAAUUUUGGGAAGGAGUGAUGAGUUGUAUCAAGAGUUGAUUAGGAAAUAUCGGGAGUCUGAAGAAAGCAACUUGAUAAAAUUUGGUGUUGUAGACCUUGAUGAUUUGAAUAAGCCAGCAUUUUAUGAACAGUUGAAACUUAGCUAUCAAAGACAAUUCAAAGGGUUAGAAAAGAUUCUUGGAGAUGAAGUAAUAGCAAAAAUGUUGGAAAAAAUUGGAUCUUUCAAAGAAACAGAAUCUAUAGAAAGUUUUUUUGAAUCUUUCAAUAAAUAUGAAAACUUUAGAAGUGUUAUAUUUGUUGAUAGAAUGCGACAUUUCAUUUUGUCUGCAGUAAAAACAUUUUGGAAUGUUUUCUCCAGAAGUGAAACAUAUUUUGAUGCUGAACACAGCGAGCCACAUCUAAAUACAUUCCUUUACACACCAUUAUUUGAUGCACUGUUUUUCAGCAAAGAAUAUAUUUUAUCAGUGAACAGUUCAAGUGAAGCAAACAGUGAAAGAAGGAAUUAUAACAUCAAAUCAGAACGAAUAAGACGUGCUUUAAUUCCAGAUAUCAAAGUUUGCUAUGCAACACAUGAAUCACCUGUUCUUAAAGUUAAUUUUGAGGAGCCAAAAACUGUUAAUUCAGGAAAAUCACUUAAUAGUUAUUUUGAUUCUGAUGUUAAAUUUAACUCAACACUUAGCUUGUAUGCUUUAAUUGACUGUGCUAGUGUAGUUGAAGCAAGUGUAAAGACCAUCAAAUUGCAAUCCAGUAUAACAGGAUCAACUAAUGUAAUAGAUGUGCAAACUAUCCCAGCACAAUGGUAUAUUGAAAAGGGAACCCUUAAUAUUGCUGAAAUGAAUCCUUGGUGGGGAGGAGUUGAAUUUGGAGAAAAACUUCCUAAUAAUAGUUUUUUAUUGACAUGA